UCAUUAAUUUUCGCCGAUAACGUGGAAUCUUGCUUACGUGUAGAAAAAUUUACAUUGAAAUCACUGUCUUUGCAUUAAAGUUACAUCUUUGUUGACUCAGUCAUAAUGUGGCGCUUGAUCAUUCUGGUUGCGAUUUCAGUAACAGUUACGUCAUCAAUUGACUGUGUCAAACGCCGUUCGACAACGAGUGGAGAUGAUGGACAUUAUUGCGUUUGCAAUGCAAAGCGAUGUGAUCAAACUCCUGACGUGAUUAAACCACAAAAUCUCGACGAAUAUACCUUAAUAACUUCAAAUAAAAAUGGUUUAAGAUUUCGCGUAUCGAAAGGCUUAUUUAAAGAAACUGAACCUAAACGCAAUUCGAAAUCUCGAACACAAAAGCCUAGUGCGCGACAAAUAUCAGAAGCAACUACCGCAACAAAAAUAUUUUGCGGAAGUAUUAAGGAAAAAAAUGUAAAUCCAUCUCUGCCAGGAAAGAUCAUUAUAAAUCAAACGCAAACGUAUCAAGAAAUCUUGGGAUUUGGUGGAGCAGUGACUGAUUCAGCAGCUAUAAAUAUUUUUAAUCUGACACAGAAUGCGUCCGACAACUUGAUAAAAAGCUACUUUGGUCCGCAUGGUAUCAAUUAUAACUUUAUCAGGACGCCAAUGGGUGGAUCGGAUUUUUCAACAAGAACUUAUACCUACGCAAUGACAGAAAAUGACAUUACACUUUCGAAUUUUAAUUUGCAAAUGGAAGAUUAUGAUUAUAAGAUACCACUGAUAAAACGGGCUCAAGAAUUAAAAGAAAAUAAAAUCAAGCUGUUGACCGUACCGUGGACUGCGGCCCCUUGGAUGAAAAUAAAUAACGAUUGGAUGAAUCGGGAUAAAUUACGUCCAGAAUAUCGACAAUUAUGGGCAGAUUAUUUCGUCAAAUAUUUUGAGGCUUAUCGUAAUGCUGGUUUAGAGUUCUGGGGUGUGUCGUCUCAGAAUGAGCCAGCCAGUUACAUUUAUCUUCGAUACAUGAAUUUUACCAGUAUGGCAUGGACCCCCGAGGAAGAGCGCGACUGGAUUAUCGAGUACUUGUCACCAACUCUACAAAAAAAGGGCUUUGGCCACAUUAAAAUCUUUGCAAUGGAUGACAACAGGAUUAUAAUUCCUGGGUGGCCGAAUAAAGUAUUUCAGGACAAAAGAGCAAGAGAUAUUAUUUCAGGAAUCGCGGUCCAUUUUUAUUUUGAUCUUGUAAUCAGUCCAAAUUUCUUUUUAUUUAAUUUAGGCGAAAUAAAAAAAAAUUUUCCGGAGAAGUUAAUAUUAUACACAGAAGCUUCCGCAGGAAUUUUCGACGAGUCAAAGGUAAUCUUAGGUUCAUGGAAGCGUGGUGAGAUAUACGUGAAAAGCAUUAUCGAAACCAUGUCGAACUGGGCAUCUUCUUGGAUCGAUUGGAACAUAGCCUUAGAUAUGACUGGUGGACCAAAUUGGAUCAAUAAUUAUGUUGAUUCGCCUAUAAUAGUCAAUAGUGCAGCUGAUGAAUUUUAUAAGCAACCAAUGUUCUACGCUCUUGGACAUUUUUCGAAGUAUGUUCCACCUAAUAGUGUGAGGAUCGAUACAACAACAGAAAAUAUGAAUAAUGUUGAAAAUAUUGCAUUUUCCACAUCCGACGGUGGCGUCGUAUUAGUAAUCUUAAAUCUAAACGAAAAGAAAAAGGCCAUUCUGAUCGAGGACCCGGAGAAAGGAAAAACGAAGAUAAAUGUUCCCGCAAGAUCCAUUAACACAAUAAAAUAUUGGACACGUUGCGAGAAUACAGAUCCGUCGUAAUAUCGAUAGACACAAAUAUAUGCGCGUACAGGAUUAACACAUAUAAAUUAUUUUAAUUUUGUGGAUUUUUUACUAUACCACAAGAUAUUUAUGAAAGUAUAUAUGUUCUUUAAAAAAUAUAAAAAAAUAGAAUCUUAAAAAAUAUAUUUUGAAAACUACUCUUCUUGUAAUGCAUUUACCGUAAUAAUAAUAAUAUAAAUGGUUGUCUUAUUUAUAAAAA